GAUUUUUGUAUAAAUAGUUAGACAAGGGGUGGAGCCGAUCCACUUUGAGAGGGUUAGGUUUUUUCUUCUUCUUCGGAGUUUUGUUUUUCACAGCUAUAACGAAUCAACAAUGCCUCGCUAUGAAGAUAAAUACGGCAACACACGCCUCUAUGUUGGUCGAUUGGCUUCAAGGACGCGUUCCCGUGAUCUGGAGCGAGUUUUCAGCCGAUAUGGAAGGUUUCUGGGGUUUUGCCUAAACCUGGAGGUCUGUGGUGGGAGGGUGGCCUUGGUGGAAUUGGUGGAAAUUCCUGCCGAGUGUUGACUGUGGCGAUUCUUUCUGUAAUGUUAUUGCGUGUUUUAAUGGAAAUGGCAAGAAUCACAAACUGGUGUUUAGUUCGUCUUUUGAGGGGCGAAGUAUCAUACUCUUGCAGUAGUUAAGUAAUGAUGGCCUUACUGUUUCUGGAAACCAUUUCCGCAGAGUUCGAGAUGUGGAUAUGAAGCAUGAUUACGCCUUUGUUGAAUUCAGCGAUCCUAGAGAUGCUGAUGAUGCAAGAUACAACUUGGAUGGCCGUGAUGUUGAUGGAAGUCGUAUUAUUGUGGAAUUUGCGAAAGGGGUUCCUCGUGGUUCCCGUGAAUAUUUGGGUCGUGGUCCUCCUCCUGGAACUGGGCGUUGCUUUAACUGUGGUAUUGAUGGCCAUUGGGCCCGAGAUUGCAAAGCUGGAGACUGGAAGAACAAGUGUUAUCGUUGUGGUGAGAGGGGUCAUAUAGAAAAAAACUGCAAGAACAGUCCCAAAAAGCUGAGUAGACGUGGGCGUAGUUAUUCCCGCUCUCCGGUCAGGUCACGUUCCCCAGUCAGGUCACGCUCUCCUCGUCGUGGCAGAAGCAGGGACAGGAGUUACACCCCAGAACGCAGUUACAGUCGAUCAAGAUCCCCAGUUAGGGGGGAUCGAAGCCCAGUUCGUGAUAGAUCAGAGAGCCCACGCUCUAGAAGCCCUGAACCCAAAGGUAGCCCUCAGCCCUCGAAGGCAAGGAAGCAUAGUCCAUCACCUGAUGAAGGGAGUCCACAGAAGAGAGGUGAUGCAUCUCCUGGCAAUGAGAGGAUGGUUACACAGCAAGAUGGAUCUGAUUACAGUGAUGGCCCCAGAGGAAAGAGCAGAAGCCCCGCUAGUCCAGCAGGGGAUGACAGCCCAAAGGCUAAUGGUCGCAGCCGCAGUCCUAGUCCCAGAGAUGAUGACAGAAGCCCCAUUGAUGACGAAGAAGACAACCAGCGUAAUCUACCAAGAGGCAGUGAGUCCCCUUAAAAUGUCACUUCUGAGAAGAUAACAGACUCUGCCCUAGAAUUUGUAUGCUUUUAUUUUCAUCUGCACUCUGUCGUGAACUGUGACAUUUACGAUAAUUAUUAUAUACUCCUCCCUGAAGAAACUUGUAAUGUUUUAAAUUUAUAUAUUUGUAUUUAGAACA